AUGAGAAUCGCUCCGAAAUUGCUUUUGGCCUUAUGUGCCUUAUUCACUUUUACCUCUUUUAUUUUGAUUAUUGUUGCUACUGCAGGUUCUACGUCGAACUAUAAACCUAUCAAUGAAAUUUACCUUGGUGAAAUUGAUAUUUCUCAUAUCAAGGUCGAGAAAUUGUUACCACAAGCUGGUCCAGUGUUAGCCAUUCUUGCCGCUGCGAUGAAGGCUCCAAACGCUUCUUAUCCUCAAAUUUUUGACGCUUUAAAAACCAUUUCUCACUCCGAAGCAUUGACACCUUUGAUGAAUGUUUUGAGUUAUUCAAAUGAUUCGGCUCAAACUUUGGAGGCUUUGGAAGUAUUGGCCCCAGCAGCUUUGCAUGGUAAUGCCUCUUCCACUGCCGAAUUGAAUGCUAUCUACAACUUGUUGACAGAUUCUACCGACUCUGACGAUACUAUCAGGGGUUUAUCAUCUUUAGUGGUACUUUCUGAACAAGCGCAAAAGCAAAACACAUCCACUGCUCAACAAAUUCAACAACAACAAUCACAAGUCUUGGAGCUAUUAGAGGGAUCUGAUAAUGUCACUGCAACUAUAACUGCUUUGUCCUCUUUGGAUUCAAUGUCUCAACAGGAAAAACAACAAUUGGCUCCAGUAUUUACAUUGUUCAACGACUCAACUAGUUUGAACACUACUUUGUCGUCUGUUUCCACCUUGAUGACCACUGAUAUCUCCGCUCAAGAAGCUACUCAAUUGUUCAAUGCUUUAUCUCAAUCAGAUGAUAUCGAGCAAACUUUGCAACAAUUGCAACAGUCUACCUCAGGUAACCAACAACGUGUAAUUGGCGCUCUAGCUUCUUUGUUGUCUUCUUCAUCUGACCCUACUCAAGAUCUAACGAUCGUACAAACAUUGUUCCAAAACAACAUCACAUCUUCGGAUUCUGCAAAGGAAGCAUUUGAAGAUUUGACAACUUUAAUCACUGUUUCAGAUGAUCCAUCGACAGUAUUGACUACAGUCGCUGGUAUGGCUAACAGUACAAGCACUUUUGCUAGUCAAUCAUUGACCGCUUUGGAGCAAGUCAUCGUGCCUGCUAAGAAUGAAACGUUGGUCUUGACCACUAUCAGCCAAUUGCAAACCUCUUUGUCGCAAAGUACUACCGAAAAACAAGAGCAAAUGGAUGCAUUAUUCUCUUUGCUUCACGCUUCUUCUGAACCUACUGGCUCUUUCAAGGCGUUGAUGGAAUUGACAGCUAUUGCACAAUCUAACCCAACCUUGUUCACCCCAAUCUUGGGAUUACUACAGGCUGCUGGCUCCUCUGAAGAAGUAAUCACCGAAGAUGAUAUCAAUGAAAUCAUGCCAGAUAUCUUAUCUUAUUUGAACAUCGCUGAACGUUUCAGAUUAGGGAUCUUCUCGUACUGCCGUGUCUCUUCUGAUGGCGAUGUCUUAUCUUGUUCCAACCCACACGCCGUUCAAGGCUUGGAUAUGAAGGAGAUUUUGUACACUGAAUUGGAGAACUCAGACUUCAGACCUUACUUGCAAGCAUUGAACAUCUCCAAGGACGACAUCAUCUUGGUCGGUAAGUUACCAGACAGAGAGCAUGAGUAUAAGCCAGCCGUUAAAGCAGUCUUGGCUUUGAAUUUGUUGUCUAUCAUCAUCGCUUUCUUCUUACUCAUUGCCAUCAUACUAUCCUUCUUCUACAUGUUGACUGGUAAAAUUACUAGAUGGUUUGCAAGAGUUUUGGCUAUGUGCCUUGCUCUAUUCUCUGUAUUGGGGGCCAUCAUCUCUGUUGUCGUUACUCAAAUCAUCAAGGAAGGUACUGCUGCAGAUGGUUACAACGUCGUUCACAGAGGCGGCAGUGCAUACUAUGGUAUGGUCUGGACAGCUUUUGCUUUGGCCUUUAUUACCAUGAUCCUAUUGUUCUUCGUUAAAAAUAAAAAGAAGGUCAUGCCAGGUGAUGAUAUCGAAGAAAGAAGCUCAUCAUCUGUCUUACUGUCAGAAAACGAAAAACAAGGGAGCAUUCUCUCCCCAGAAACCAAACAACCAGAGGUAGAAGCUGAGCCGGUGGUGACUCAAAGCAAUUGA